AAAACUCUUUACGAUGUUUACCCGCCUCCCUAAACGGCAAUCAAAAUAUAAUAACCGCUCCGCGUCCUCAUUUAGCAAAGUGUAAAACAACAAACGAAUAAGCCCUUAAUGAUGACACAUGACUUAUUUACAGAGUGUUUAACGACAAACUAAGCCUAUUUAUUGCGUCCCGUGUUUACAAAUUGUCACAGAUAUUAUAUCGCCCGAACACCAAUGUUUUGUCAGGAUGCAGCAGACUGGAGGGCGUCUCCGUUCGGUGGUGGGGAUGAACCCGACUUAAACUAAGAUGUAUUAGACGAAAUUUAGUCCAAUGUCCUUCCACUCAGUCAAUAAACGCGUCUGCGGUCCUGAAAUGUACUCCCUCCAGCAGUACGACCCUUGCUACUGCGAUCAGUACAACCCUCUGGUCAGCCAAAGGAUCUUCAACCCUUAUUUUCCUCACUUGUGGUUCCCGCUUCCGGUGAAACUGCAGCAGCCGAGGCCGGAAAAACCGCCGUACUCCUACAUAGCUCUCAUUGCGAUGGCCAUCAGUUCUUCCCCGAAGGAGAGGCUCACGCUGAGUGGGAUAUACAGGUUCAUCAUGGACAACUUCCCGUACUACAGAGAAAACAAACAAGGCUGGCAGAAUUCGAUUAGGCACAAUUUGAGUCUGAAUGAUUGUUUCGUCAAGGUGCCGAGGGACAAGGUUUCUCCCGGAGGCCCGGAGCAAGCCGGCGGGAAAGGGAGCUACUGGAUGUUGGAUCCUAAGGCUGCAAAUAUGUUUGAAAAAGGCAACUACAGGAGAAGGAAAACGAGAAGGCAGCGGAUUGCUGAUUGUACGGCUAAUUUAUAUCAGGAACAGGCUUUAAGUCUUGUCACGAGGACGACCGACAACCAGAAGGCCGAAGACGAAGGACGCCCUGAAAUGAGGAAGAGCAAGAAUUCCACUCUAUUUACCAUAGAGAAUUUAAUUAAAAAUAACGACUCGGGUAAUAAAAUUGGUUAAAUAAAUACGAGGUUUCCAGCAUUUCUUUGAUGUUACCAUGUUUUUUGUGAUUUAAAUUAUUUGUAUUAGUU